AUGACUAUGAAGGAAGGCACAUCCGUGAGGAAACAUGUCCUCAAGAUGAUGAGUCACCUCAACCAGAUUGAGGUUUUGGGAGGGGCGAUCGAUCCCGAGUCCCAGAUUACUAUAAUCCUUCAGAGCCUUCCCCCUAGCUUCCAGCACUUCAAGCUCAAUUUCGAGAUGAACAAGCGGGAUUACACUUUGGCUGAGCUGCUGACUGAACUUCAGUCGACAGAGGACCUUAUGGCUCAAGCUAAGGUAGCUAUGCUGAGUUUGGCGCCUAAUUCCUCUGGCUCCAAGCCUCGCGUAGGAAAGAAAAAGGCACCGAACCCAGUGGCAACUAAGAAUGCUAAGGGAAAGAAGAAGAAGAAGGCCGAUAAGAAGCCUACUGGAAAAUGCUUCAAGUGUGGAGAGAAAGGUCAUUGA